CCUCGGCUGGUGUUUGGGGACAGUCAGACUGUUUUGUCAGACUUCAUUGCUAAAGAAAGACGAAAAAUAGCAAAAAAGACACACCAGGUGAAGGACUAUCACCAUGACGACUGAAUACCACGACAACGCUGAAGAGGACAGCAGCACGUUCUGGAACAGUGAGCCUCGAACUGUCUCCUUUUCAGGUGUCUCCAGGUUCAGACGCUGGUUGUAUCCGACUCUGGUGGCUACAGUCAUCCUGGUUCUGAUUAUAGCACUGGGAGCUAGCAACUCCAGGACGUCAAAUCGACUGUGGUCUUUAGAGAAAAGUGUCUCUAACCUGACGGGGUCUCUGAACAACGCGGAGCAGCUCAGUCAAGACGCGACAAAAGACGUCAACCGGCUGAGGUUUGCCGUGGAGAACAACAAAGACGAGCUGAGCUCAGUAUCAGAAGCGCUGAGACAGCUCUCGACUCUGGACAUGCUCAGUAAGACGGUGGAGAAGCUCAAAUGUAGCUUUGAACGCUUCAUGAAAAAUAGUUCGAAUGUGGAUGGCUGUUGUCCUCUGGAGUGGGACACCUUUGAGGACACUUGUUACCUGUUCAGUAAGACAUCUUUGAACUGGCACGCUGCCCGAGACUGGUGCAACGCCAAGGAAGCUCACCUGGUCAUUCUGACCACGGACAAGGAGUGGGACUUUGUGACCACUCGUAGUACGGGGACUUUCUUUUGGGUGGGUCUGAAUGACGAGAAGGGGGAGUGGGAAUGGGUCAACCAGACGCCGUACAUCAUGAAUCGCAGGCGGUGGAGACCCGGUCAGCCCGACAGCUGGAUCCACCACGGCCUCGGACCUGAAGACGAGGACUGUGCUCACCUUCACUCGGACGGACGACUCAACGACCUCCACUGCACCACCAGGUUACGCUUCAUCUGUCAGAUGCACAGCAAACGCAGCUAAAGCAGCGCCGCUGCCGCCGUCCAGGCUCCGCCCACUCACAUCCACUGUUGACCGUCAUGUAGCUGCCAUUAAAGAUGUUGAC